AUGACCCACACGAAGAAUCUGUUAACAAAAACAUGCAUCAAACUGCAUGUCGGUCAUCAUGGCAUUUCUGCUGCUGCUGCGUGUGUGUUUUCCUUGAGUCUGCCCACAGUGCAGUAUGCUCAGCGGCGUCGGACAGCACUGUGGUCCACCGUGGCUCUGCUUGGCCUGUCCGCCGUUGUGCUGGUGAUCGGUCUCCUGUCUGACACUCGCACUGCCACCGUUCACGUAUCUGGAUACUACCCUGGUAUCAUAUUGAGCUUUGGAGGAUUCCUUGGCAUUGUUGGCCUUAAUAUAGUGGAGAAUCGCAAACCCCUGCUGGUAGCCUCCAUCAUCUUCAUCAGCCUGGGAGUAAUCGCCUGUUUCUUGUGCGCCAUUGUGGAUGGCAUCAUCGCUGCCGAGUUCAUUGACCAGAGGCCUCUGAUGGAGGGCAGGUGCAAGUUCUAUACCAGUGGCACAGGCUACCUGUAUGACAACUACCAGACUGAGGUCAUGUGUCAGUCCUAUAGCCAAGACUGCAAGAUGAAGGUGCGGAGCAACAGCUGCUACUGCUGUGAUUUAUACACUUGCGACAGCUCAGACUACCGCCCCCCGUACUAUGCGUUCACGGGUGUGAAUAGCUGCUGGGACGUGGUGCACCUGUACAGGCUGCUAUGGUCCAACGUGGUGCUCAACGUACUGGGAGUCUUCCUGGGCAUUUUCACAACUGCCAUCCUUGGAGCCUUCAAAGAUCUGGCUCCAGCCACUCAGAGCCAGACGUCUCCGAGUCCAGCCCCUCCUCCUCACAUCCUCUACAACCCCACCCAGCAUAUGAUCACCUACACGGGCCUCUGCCCUUCUGGCCAGGCCCUGCCUGCCUACCCCAACUACCCAAUGCCCCUGCAGCACCUCAGCAGCUACGCAGGGCCCACUGCCCCCCAGUCCAGCCACGAGGCGGCCGGGUCGUCGCCGCCCCCAGAUGAGGGCCAGCUGCCCGUCCAGGGCAGCGCCAACCCCACCCUUCCAUCCCAGCCCGCUAGCCAGGAGCCCGGUGGCUACAUGCUCACGCCCAACGCACCCACCCUCUACGGACAGGCUUUAGGAACCUUUGAGAAGCCGCCACCCUAUGCUUGCUGA